GAAAGAUGAACAAAAAGAGAAGAUAAAGUAUAUAAUGUAAAUAAAGGAAAUUACUUUGAAGUAAUAAGAUUUAAUAAGGUAAAAUAAAAUAAGAAUAAAUAGAGAGGCAUAAAUAAAUAUUUUAGCAAGAUAUUCUGUAACUAGGACAAAAAUUAGAAUGAUAAAAAUAUAACUGGAAGUAAAAAUUCCAAAGAGAACAAAAAAAGUCAUAUUCAUGAACUACAUGGGAUACUAAGAAUAAAAACAUUUCAUAAAUAUAUUAAAUGAAGAUCCAAUCUGAUUCUGUGUUUAUUCAAAGGAUUCAAUUGAAAUUCAAUACUUUUAAUAGCAAUGAUAUUAAAUAUCUAGAGGAGUACUAAUUAUUUUAAUUAUGCUGUUAAAGAAUAAUUAUUUAAAACUUGUGGUAGUGAAUUACAUUUAUACGUUUACUGCUAAAUACAAAAUUCCUGGCAUUAAAUUAAACUAGUAUCGGU